ACAAUGCUCCAUGCUGGUCCUGGGCCUGAGCCUGGCUUGGGACUUGUCACCUCCCUGUUUUGUAUAAGAAGGCGAGGCUGCAGGGUAUGGGGACAAGCAGGGAAGGGGAAAAGAGAGAAGGGUCUGCUCUCACCUGCCCUAUCCUAUUGAGAGAGACCAAGUCCUCCAAAGUGGGAUUCUCAUGUUUCUGGAAUAGUGGCAUUUUUCUGACUCCCCAGGGGGCCUGAAGCCUCAUCUCAUCCUGUAGGGUUGAAUGGGACAGCGUGCUGGGUGCUAGGGUGUGGAACCCUGAACUGUGAUACUCCAAGAUUUAGGUCCCCAUCAUGGAAAAGCAUACACCUACCCAGAUUGUAAUCCUGGAGUUAGAGAAUGAUAAAUGUGGAUCCCCCCAGUUGCAAACACUCACAGACUAUGCCAGACAGGGGCAGUCCCUUCCUCCUCCAUGGUCACACUGGCCAAAUGGGCCUUGAGCCCCUGUACCCAGAUUCUCUUGUCAUGGUUCUGCCCUCAAGUCCUCAAAGAAUGACAGAAGUCAUGAUUUGAGCACCUAAGUGCAAGACUUUACCGGUUGUUGGAGAUGCGGAGAGGGCUGCCUUCAAGAGCUUCUGGCCAGACGGGUAGAUAUUACCUACUACAGGGGAACUACAGCUGCCGAAAAUGAUGGGUUUGCCUGAGGACUGCAGGACUUUGUGAAGUGCUUCCCUUGAUGGAAGGGGGCCCUGCCUGCAAAGCACCUCGAGGCCCAGCAGUGGAUCUAUGUUUCCUUUGUUGCCCAGGUUCUGAUGCUGGUAUCCUGGUUCCUGGCCCACCAGAGUUCUGGUUCCAGAAGGCCCUUGCCAGGUGCCUUGGGCCUCGCUCCCACCCGGGCGCAAGGCCACACUGAAGACAUGGGUAUGAGCAUCCCCCAGUACCUGGGGCAAAUGGACAUCCGCAAAGGUGUAGUGGGCUUGGCCACAGGUGCUGGGUUCAUCUAUCUGCUCUACAAGGCCAUCAAGGCCGGUAUCAAAUGCCAGCCGCCCCUCUGCACUGCCUCACCCAUCUGCAUCGCCCGUGAGUGUGCGGGCCCUAGGGAGAGGGCUCUGCCCCAGGAGGCGCCUGCUCCCGAGGCCUCCAGUGUGGGAGGGCCCAAAGGCCUGGCAGUGGAGCGCGAGCGGCACGGGCGGGACUCGGGUGAGCUCCGGAGGCUGCUCAACUCCUUGGAGUACAAACAGGAUGAGUACGCCAAGAGUAUGAUCCUGCACAGUAUCACGCGCUGUGUGUACUUGCUGGAGGCCGAGGUGAGGGCAAGGAAGCAGGAGGCCCCUCCCAGCCAGCCCAGCCCCCGGGGGCUAUGCCCAAUCCCUACCCUCCUGGCUGGCCACACUGUGUCCUGGGACCUGUCUCUCUGGCCGAUGGCGGGAGGGCUUGUGCUGAGGGGUCUUGUUGACAUGGGGGGUGGAUGCAGUGGGCCCAGGACACCCGCUUCUCCUGCCUCUUCUGUCUCUCCUGGCCCACUGCAGGCCUCCUCUUGUACUGCUGAUGACAUAAGCUUGGUGGGCUCCAUGCUGGAUGAGGAGGACAACAGUGUCAAAAUCCAAGCUCUGAACACACUUAAAGCUUUCUCUGGCAUCAGAAAAUUCAGGCUCAAAAUCCAGGAACACACCAUCAAGGUACUGGAACUGAUCUCUACCAUCUGGGAUUCGGAGCUCCAUGUUGCAGGCCUCAGACUCCUCAACAGCCUCCCACUGCCUGACUACGUACAUCCACAGCUGCGACGGGUGAUGCCUGCCUUGAUGGAGAUCCUGCAGUCCAACUAUAUCCUGGCACAGGUGCAAGCCAUACGAUUGCUGAGCUACCUGGCACAGAAGAAUGACCUUCUGUAUGAUAUUCUCAACUGCCAGGUGCACUCCAACUUCCUGAACCUGUUUCAGUCCACACAGCCCGGGAGUCUGCUGUUUGAGGUACUGGUGUUUGCUGAGCGGCUAAGUGAGGGCCGGAAUUCACCCCAUUACCGUGCUGUGAAGUGGCAUUACAAUGAACAAUCUUUGCAUGAAGCUCUCUUUGGGGAUGAGUCACGACUGGCAGAUCGGCUGCUCGCCCUGGUCAUCCACCCUGAGGAGGAAGUUCAAAUCCAGGCCUGCAAGGUCAUAGUCAGCCUGCAGUGCUCCCAGGAUGUGGGAGUCCGGCCCUCUUCCUGCAGGCCCAGUCAUUCCUACUUUAAUAGCGGGGAAAAUAAUUAAGGAGAGCCAAUAAAUGACUAUGGGAGAAAA